CUCAAGGGAAACAAGUCCAGGGAGACGGGAGAGAGAUCUGGGAAUCUUCAUCAAAUCAUCAUACACGGAGGAGCGGCUUAUAAGGAUGGGCGGCUUCGAAUCAAUGACCAGCUGGUGGCGGUGAACGGCGAAUCGCUGCUGGGACGCUCCAAUCAUGUGGCGAUGGAGACGCUGCGACGCUCGAUGUCUCAGGAGGGAAACGUACGAGGGACGAUCCAGCUGGUGGUCCUGAGAACUCUGACGGAACAUCGUGCCGUGUCUCCCAGUCGUUCCUUUGACAGCUCUUCAGGCCUGAUGAGUCCAGUCAAUGGUCAAACUAACGGCCCCGCCCACCCCUCCAUGGUCAACAACGCCAUCUAUGCAUCCAAUGUGACCAAUGGGAGUUACUCUCACAUGGAUGAGGACGAAGAGAGGGAGUUUUACGGACAUGAGACAGAGUUCAGCAGCUCCAUCCAACACUCCUACCUACAGGACAGCUUCAGAGAGAAACCGGAUCAGCCGGCACCUCCAGUCCAGAACCAGAACCAGCGUCAGUUCCAGCAUGUUAAAGCCUCCAAGAGCAUGGACCUGGUGGCGGAUGAGAGCAAUGUUGGAUCUUUGGUGGUUAAACUCUGCAG